AUGAAUGGAUAUGACUAUGGGUUUGCCUAUGGAACAUUAUUGAGUGAACAAAUCAUUCAUUUUUUUCCAAAAUUAUAUGCUUAUCUAGAGCAAGAAAUAAUUGAUCAUCUGGAACAUCUUAAGUUGCCCAAAUGGCUAAAACAGUUAAUUGCCGAUGAAGGUCUUGCAUUUGCUUUGGAUAUGCAAAAUUUACUAGCCCAAGCAUAUGUGGAUCCAGAAAUUUACCGUGAGCUUCGUGGUAUAGCUGAUGCUACGAAAAUUGAUUACGAUCUUUUACUACGUUUGCAUAUGUUCGGUGAAUUGACUCGAGGUCACUGUUCCUUGUACGGUCUUUGGGGUAAGGCAACACUCAAUGGUAAGACUCUUCAAAUGCGCACCUUUGAUUGGGACAUAGGUGCUGGUCUUCAAGACUAUCCCGUAAUCACUAUCUAUCAUCCUCGCUCGCCGACACUUGGUCAUACCUUCACCAAUGUUGCCUGGGCAGGCUACAUUGGCGUACUGACUGGUAUGUCUUCAACAAUGAUGGGCAUCGGAUCAAUCGGUAUCCUCUUUCCUGACGAUACGUUUGGUGAUGAAAACAUGAUGGGUCUACCGUUUAUUUUUCUUCAACGAUAUCUUAUGUAA